AUGGUUACGGUUAAAGUAGAAUUUCUAGGUGGGCUGGAUGUCAUAUUUGACAAGCAGAGAAUCCACAUGGUGAAUGUAGAUUCAUCAGAAACCCCCACAGUUAAAGAUUUGAUAGAUUAUAUAGUAAAAAACAUGAUUCGUAACCCAAACGAUGUGGACGUAUUCAUUGAAAAUGGGACCAUUAGACCUGGUAUUCUAACACUAAUUAACGAUACCGACUGGGAAUUAGAAGGUGGUGAAGAAUACGAGUUGGAAGACGGUGAUGUUAUCUCAUUCACUUCAACACUACAUGGUGGUUGA